AUGAGCUUGCCUGUUCCUGCUCUCAGGCGCUUCAAAUGUCCAGAAGCGAUCCAUGAGUCGAGACCUGCCCUCGCUGAUAUCCUCAUGUUCUCGUUCUUCCUCAGUGAGUCUCAUGAACCUUAUGUCGAUAUGCUCAUCCUUGGUACCUCUCAUGCUAAAAGCUAUCUUCGUGUGACCUUUCUCUUUCUCAUCUUGUUCUUCGUUUUCAGAUACUAUCUUGCCUCCGAGAAGACUCCGGCGAGCCUACCGUCUUCGCUGAAUGCGACUCUUGGUUUCGGGGCACUCUAUGUACUGACCGAGGACACUUCUACAUGGCGCGUUCAAGGACUUCUAUCAGCUGCCAAACUCACUGGACUUCGCUUUACUAUUCCCGUCCAGCAACGGCCCACUGAUAGCGACAUUUCCGUCCACCUGAACGGAGACGAGGUGGCGACGGUCCUGGAUGAGAUCCGAGCAGUACUGAACUACAUCUCUCUUCUUGAAACCUUCCUCAGGUCCGGCCGCGAAACAGCUCUCUUCGUAGAGGAUGACGUGGAUUUCGGAAUCCAUAUCAAGGCGCAGAUGGGGAACAUCUCCAGCACCAUCUUGGCCCAGACCGCCACAGCCGAAGAUAUUUCAGCAGAAGGCGAUGACCAACCUCCCUUGUUUUCUCAGUAUCCCUACGGCAAAGAUGCGUGGGACGUCUUAUGGAUUGGGCACUUUGGCCUCGAAUACACCACCAAAACAAAAGUCUGGGACUACCGGGACCCGCAAGCUCUGCCCUGGGAUCGAUUGACCUCCAAAUUCAACAACUACUACCAACAACAAGCUGGCGCAAGCAAGGACCAGCAAAUCCUACAGAACGUAGCUCCAAUGGCAACCUACGCCUUCGCCCUGACUCGACCCGCAGCAGAGCGACUUCUCCGGAUCUUACGAGAAGGCAAGGCACAGAAAUUCGACCUUGCGCUGCACAUCCAAUGCAAAGGUCUGGAUAUGCUGUGCCUCGCGCCUGCGCCCGGAGUGAUGCAUCACCACAAGGUUGAAGGCCAGAGAUCACUAUUAAGCGAGGGGACGAAGGGUGAUGGGAAGCACGAUCUUGGGUGGUGGCGAUACAGGCACAAGUACACGUACAACGUGGAAUGGAGUGCGAGAUGCAAUGCGGAACAUGUUGGGGAGAGGGUCGGGGACAGGUGGCAGUGUAUGCCUGGGCUUGUUCGACGUCAAUAG